AGGAAUGUGCGUUACAGUUAAAUAGUGGGCGCAGAGGCGGCUGCCGCGGCGCUCGGGGCCGGCGCGGAGCGGCUCGGGCGUGAGCCGGACCGGGCCAGGCCGAGCGGGGCAGCGCGGCGCGGCGAGGGAGCCUCCAUGGCGCGGCGCGGCUCCUGGGGCGGCGGCAGCAGCGGCGCGGAGCUGCUGUGACAAGGAGCUCAGCAGCUGGGACCGGUCCUUCCUCUUGCCCGCCCCACUCCCCAGCGGGGGGCUCGCGGCGGCGGCCCGGGGGCGCGGCGGCGCUCGGAGAGCCGGAGCCGUGGCGGCGGCGGCCGGGGGCAGCCGGCGUGUCACCGCCUCUAUGAUGAAAUUUAAGCCGAACCAGACGCGGACGUACGACCGGGAGGGCUACAAGAAGCGGGCGGCGUGCCUCUGCUUCCGCAGCGAGCGGGAGGACGAGGUGCUGUUGGUAAGCAGUAGCCGAUACCCAGAUCAGUGGAUUGUACCAGGUGGAGGAAUGGAACCAGAAGAGGAGCCAGGGGGAGCAGCUGUCAGGGAGGUGUAUGAAGAGGCUGGAGUAAAGGGAAAACUUGGCAGGCUGCUUGGGAUAUUUGAGCAGAACCAGGAUCGGAAGCAUAGGACAUACGUUUAUGUUCUUACUGUGACGGAAAUACUGGAAGACUGGGAGGAUUCAGUUAAUAUAGGAAGGAAAAGAGAAUGGUUUAAAGUAGAAGAUGCAAUCAAGGUCCUUCAGUGUCACAAGCCUGUUCAUGCAGAGUACUUGGAAAAACUGAAACUGAGCUGUUCACCCACUAAUGGAAACUCUGUGGUUCCCCCUCUUCCAGAUAAUAACUCCUUAUAUGUCACUUCUGCACAGACUUCUGGCUUGCCCUCUACUGUGAGAUAAACAUUUGGAUUACCUUUUUAUUCCUGUCAUCACAAGGGGAGACAUCUGUGAUCACAUGUAGGCAUCUGUAUAACCGUCAGUUCUAAGUGAAAUAUGUGAAUGUGUCAUAAUGUCAAAUUUAUUUGAACAUGGUUUUUUUUUCCUUUUUAACAAUGUAAAAUAGUAUUUCAGCAAACCAAAGCCAUAUGGAUUUUUUUUUAAUAUGCCUUAAUAGGCCAUUUUUAAAAAAGAAGAUACUUGAGUAUAUAACCUUCCAUAUCUGCUAAAGUAAAAUAUGCAUCUCAGUGGUGUUCAGCUUACUUAAGGCUUGUCAGUUUUAAUCAGUAGUUCUGCAGGAGUACUUGCUUAGAAAAAAGCUUGAGCAAAUAGUCUUCUACUAAACUAUUUGGUAUCCACAGAGGAAGUGCCGAGCUCUUAAGAUGGCAGUGUUUGGGUAGGUGGGUGUGUGUAGGGCAGAGAUGCCAAGUGUGGCUUCAGUAAAGCACUGAACCACAUGCAACCCAUGAAGUGAAAAGGACACUGAACACUGCUUGCCUUGGUUAUCCAAAAGGUUGCCUUGCCCUAUGCAAUCUUCAUGUCAUGUACAACUAGAGCAAGAACAGUAACUGUGUCUUGCAACUACCAAACUCUCCACUAUACCUUUGUUCUGCCACUUGGUCAGCUGAUGAACUGUCAGAAAACUUAAAUGAAAUGCAUUGCAGACCCCUCCUCCCCAAAUUUUUGCCUUCUACCACUUUGAUACACGUUUUUGUUCACAGUGAAAUUACACUGCAGGUUCCAAAAACUUGUUCUCCUCAAUGAGAAGCAUCUUAAGUAGUAUUCCUACAGUCUGCUGCAAUUGUAUAAAGUUUAGGGGAAAGUGAGAUUUACCCAAGGGGCACCCUUAUGUUACAGGGGUCUCUACUAGCAAGCAGAUGUUGAGGUGUCUUGCCCAGCAGGAGCUAGUAGUGAUCCCUCCUGGGCCUGGAGACAAGAGGCUGGAUACUUACACUAGUGGAAAAAUAAAACUCCUUUGUCUUAUUCCAAAGGUGUGCUGAAAGCCCCAACUUUAAGUCAGUUCUUAAAUACUUCAGUUCUACUGAUUUAACAUCAAUUGCUUUGGCUUCUUCAAUGAAAAGCUGGCCUCUUGACAAAAACUUAGUUGUAAUAAAUGAGGUUCAGCUGCCAA